GCCGCUACAGACUCGAUACACGCACAGUGAUACAGCGAGGCCGCUGGGUUACAGACUCGAUACAAGCACAGUGAUACAACGAGGCCGCUGGGUUAGACUAGUUCUAACAAGCACAGCGAAACAGAGGGACGCCGACAGAGCUACAUUGUAGCAAGUCUACAGCAAGGCGUGGUAGACUAAUCGCUGCUCUCUCGCCUAUUAAAAUUAGUCAUAUUUUCCCUUCCCAUGAAACUAGUAGCGAUUUAGCUAUGCGCGUGAAAGGUCGUGUUCAAUGGUCGUUGAUUCGCCAACAAAAAUCAAGUUAUUACAAUGGCCAGGACUUACACCCAGAAAUCAGCCCCAUUCCACGGUUAAUGUCAACGUUGAAGAGGAGCGGAGGGCGUUAGAGACGGACACAGGGGGAAUAACGCAGAGAUGGAGUUGCCAUGACCAGUACAGAUGUGUUCCCGGAGUUUCUUCCGCCAGCCUCAGUGCGAGGGAGUAGGGAGAGCCCGAGGAGACGACAGACUCUCCACACCCUGGCCGCGGUCGCCGUGUUCCUCGCCACCGGUACCACCAUCACCAGCCUCAACAAAUGCAUCUUCGCCGUCUACAAUUUCCAUUACCCGCUCUUGCUGUCCGCGCUUCACAUGCUCACAGCCAUUGUUAUCGACUAUGUUUUGAUCCGAAUGGGAUUCGUAAAUCUGCAAAUAAAUGAAAUCAGCGGCCUAUCUACCGCUGCCAAAGUGAAAGUGUUUUUACUGAGCUUGACCUUCUGUGCCACCAUUGCUUUCGGAAACAUGGGGUUGAACUGCGUGCAAGUCUCCUUUGCACAAGUUAUCUCCACCACCACGCCUCUCUUUACUAUUGCCAUAUCAAAGCUCUUCUUGGGAAAGCACCAUCACAUUCUGAAGUACACUGCCAUGAUGCCCAUCUGUCUGGGUGCUUCAUUCAGUCUCAUUGGUGAGAUGCAGUUUGAUCACAAAGGAUGCUUCUACAUUUUUGCUGCAACCAUGUUGAGAGGAGUGAAGUCCAUCCAGCAAAGUAUUCUCCUUCAGGAAGAAAAGAUCAACUCUGUCAUCCUGCUCUAUUUGAUGUCCAUCCCAAGCUUCUGUAUUCUUAUUUCAGCUGCGUUUCUGCUGGAAAGUGACACUGUAUGGGAGUCAUCCAUUAAAUCUGACAACAGACUUUGGAUGUUCAUUCUGCUUAGCUGCCUUGGCUCAGUCCUGUACAAUUUGGCAAGCUUCUGUGUCACGACACUUACUUCAGCCGUCACUCUGCAUGUUGUGGGAAAUCUCAACAUGGUUGGAAACCUCGUCAUUUCACAGGUCCUCUUUGGCAGUGAGAUGACCGCGUUAAGUUACGCUGGUAUCGGGCUUACGCUGUCAGGUGUGCUGAUGUAUCAGAACUCAGACUUCAUAGCAGACUAUUUAAAUUCAAGAAGCAAGCAUCAUGAAGAGCAAGACCAUUUAAAACCUGACUGAAAGAAUGUCAUGUCCAUGGCAGGAAAUAACAUAUUCAUAAUUCAAUGGGAUUACAUUUUGUCAACAUGCCAGCAGACAAGAUACUAAAGAUAUUAAUGAAAAGUAUAUUGUUUUAUUUAUGAAUGCUUUACACAAGUUCUCCUUAAUUGUACGAUAAAUCUGUGACUGUUGUAUUUAUUUCAUCCUAUAAUUUCAGACCAGAUUAUUAAAUAGCUCAAUUUUUA